AGUUCAGGACUCGAACCUGAGCUGAGAGGUGAAAUGCCUGGGCGAGGCUCAGAGCCUUUACAAGUCAGAGCUUCAUCUCAUCUGUCAGUCCUUCGGGUGGAGGCAGAAUCCUGGAGGUGUUAAAGCGCGCGCACUGAAUCUUUUUCUCUCCGUUUCUACAGCAGUUUAUUUCUAGGUUUAUUAAUAACUUCAUUGUCUGAUGCAUUCAUCAAGAGCUGCCACUGAUUUCUCAUCGACUUGCACGUGAUUUUAUAAUUUUAAUCACCUAAAUGUCUCGAGCGUGUGCGCCACAGCAGCCGAUUCGCGCCGCGCGUAAAACCGAGUGGCUGCGCUGCGCUCUUGCGCACCAUUUCUCCCGUGAGCCCAGCGGAGUAGACAACGAGAUCGUGGUGCUGGCAACCGGCAUCGACCAGUACCUGCAAGAGGUCUUCCACCACCUCGCUUACACCGGCAGCAGCGGCAGCAGUGAUGUGGUGUCCGAACAGGACUUCAAUCUGCUCUGCUCGGUACUCGGUGUGAGCAAGGAGAAGAAGGAGGAAGAGGAUGAGGACCGAACGCGCGAGGACCGGGACGUGUGUACGGCUCUUUCUCCCGCGCUCAGCUUCAGGGAGUUUCACUCGCGCCUCUGUGGUUUCUUCGCCGUCCGAGCGCAAGACUCGCCAACAUCCGCGCGCCUUCCGGUCAGCGUGGAAACGGAGCACGUGGAGCGCGAGAUCAGGCUCCGGUGGCCGCGCACGCGGCGAAGAAAGUGCGUCAGCUUCGACUUAAGCCGGGAAACGAGCGCUGGAAACAGGACGUCACGCGACAGGACGGAAAAUCCAACGGAAUCCAUACAAGCAGGACAGAAAGUUCAGCAGAGAUCCUGGCAGGAGCAGGUGGAGAUGGAGAACUGCGGUCUGAGAGAGCUUGUUGAAGACCUGCGUUCGGCUCUCCAGAGCAGCGACGCUCGAUGCAUGUCCCUUGAGGUGGCUCUGAAGAGGGAGCGUCUGUACACACCUGCCAGAAACUCUCCACAAAUCACUGAAAGGCAAACCUGCUUCGCUGGCAGCGAGCCCAAACCGAGACAAACUAAACAAACCAGGCGCACAAAGGACCUGCUCAGAGAGCUAGCGUUGAUCCGUGCUUCACGUGACGGACAGCUGGAGGAGGCGAUGAGGUUCAACCAGAGGCUGGAGGAGGAGCUGUUAUCUGCCUUUGGCGAGGUCAGCAGGCUGGAAGAAACGGUUGCGAGGCUGAGAAGAGAGAGCGCCGAGAUCAAGAGGAGGGCGGAGGAGGCACGGGCGGCUCUUGCUGCAGGUCUGGCAUGGGUCAAAGACAUCCAGGAUCAGGCGCAGCAAGUCAGGCCACUGCAGGAGAAAGUCCAAAAGCUCGAGGUGGAACUGGAGACGCUCAGAUUUCAGUGCGCCUGCAGGACUGAGAGUGAAAGAGGACCCGAACCUCCGGUCGAGUCUGUGGAUCCCAGGGCACGGGUGAUUCCCACAGGCAGAGACGAGGCGCUCAUCAAGGAGGAAGGAGAAGAAGCCCUGCAGAGGGCGGUGGAGGGUCGAGCAGCCUCAGACGAGGAGGAGGAGGUGAAGGGGAACGAGGAAGGCCAGUGCUGUCUGCUGGAGGUGAAGAGACUUAUUAACAAACUCUACAACUGCGCAAAGGGAUGUCAGAAGAUGGCGCUGUGUCAUCUGCUCCUGUCCCAGAUCUCUACAGGACAUCACAACAGUCCCAUCAGCUGCUCUGAGACACCAGAGACAAAGACAAAGGGACGAAGACACCACGUGAUUCUGGACGAAAAGAAACCUGAUAAAAGAAUCUCGCGUAGAACUCUGAGUAAAAUCCUGCUGAACACGCUAAAUCUCUGCAACUCCAAAGGCCAAGAAUGGAUCCCUGUCUUCCAGGUGGUGGAGGCUCUUUGUCAGCAGCUGAUCUCCAGCGAACUGGUGUGUGUAGAUGGAGACGUUACAACGUGGCGAGGUGUGAACCCACAUCACCAGAACACCACAAACCCUCUCCUCAUCUCCUGCUGACUCUCUCGUCUGUUAACCCAGGGAAGCGGUGUGAAGGGGUUAAGGCUCCUAAUUGGCUGAUAUCUUUGAGGAAGAUCCUUAAAUCCAGACCUUGUGAGCUGUUUGGAUAAAACCUUAAUGUUUUAAACAUAAAUCUAAACCUGUGUGUAUGAUCAUGUAUCUAAUUUGUUUCUCAGAAUUAUACGUAUGUAAGAAUACAAA